AUGGGGUGUCAAACAAAUUUCAAGGAAACUAAUGAUAAUGUUGAUGAAUGGACUCAAAAGGAUUUCGUCGAAUUGGAAAGAUACAUUCAUAAUCUCAUCCCCUUCAUUAGGUUUUACGAAAUUUCUUCUGAAGAUUAUUUUAAAAAGUUUAAAACAUUAACGUCAAGUUUUGCAAAGCAUGUGAAUGAUGAUAUUAAUUCUAAAUUAUUUGAACAAAAGCAUUUUCUUUCGCUUGCAAAUUCGAUAGAUGAAAAGCAUGAAUAUGUGAUCCAGGUGAUCGAGGAAGUUAAAUGGCAUAUCAGGUGGUUUGAAGCAAUCUAA